AAACUAUACCUAACCUAAGCAUGUGGUAUCUGUUACACAGCAGCAGUAUAAAUGUGAGACAGAAACUCUGCAUCCUCAGCCUGUGCACAUCCUUGCUACCCAGACGUAGACCAAAGUCUAAAGAUCUUUUAAAGAUGGCUUUUGCUGGUAUCCUUAAUGAGGCCGAUAUUGCUGCUGCAAUCAAGGACUGCGCAGCUGCCGACUCCUUCAACUACAAGACAUUCUUCGCCAAGUGCGGGCUGAGCGGAAAGUCCGCCGAUGAUGUCAAGAAGGCCUUCUUCGUCAUUGACCAGGACAAGAGCGGCUUCAUUGAGGAGGAUGAGCUGAAACUGUUCCUGCAGACCUUCCAGGCUGGUGCCAGAGCUCUGACCGAUGGCGAGACCAAGGCCUUCCUUAACGCUGGUGACAGUGACGGUGAUGGCAAGAUUGGAGUUGAUGAGUUUGCUCUCCUUGUGAAGGCUUAAGUUUUCAUGGAUCCACAUUUCAUGGAACCAGACUUCCACUGCUGUAGACUACCUGGCUCAGAUAGCUAAUAUUGCCUUUUUUAUAUAUUUAUUUAUGAAUACCCUGCCAACUCUUAGCAAGGACAUGUGCAAGGUCUCAACAACUUGUCAAUUUUUCAUGUUGUGUAGUUGUAUGUUGUAUGUUCACAACCACACCCAGUGCAAGUAUUCAAUCUUUUUGCACUAUUGAAAAAAAGAAAUAAAUAAACAUUUGGAGUAAA